UAUUCCUUUCUUCACCUUGAAGUUCAACUAAUUAGUCUCAUUCUCACUUCCUCCAUUAAUAAUUGUAAUUAAGCAGAAUCAAAAACAUUAGGUAUGGCAUUCAGUGACUAUUAUUUAUCUCUUUGGCUCAUCAACAUUGGUGUCUUCACCCUUGUUAUUAGCUCUUCUGUUACAAUAGUUGAAGCUGUUGUAAUUGCUCCUACUCUGGUUGAUGUUGCUUCUCUAAACCGGACCAGUUUUCCAGCAGGUUUCAUCUUCGGCACUGCCUCCUCCUCCUACCAGUACGAAGGUGCUGCAAAUGAAGGUGGCAGAGGACCAAGUAUAUGGGAUACCUUUACUCACAAAAACCCAGAAACGAUAUUGGAUAGAAGCAAUGGAGAUGUAGCUGUUGAUCAGUAUCAUCGCUAUAAGGAAGAUGUUCAGAUCAUGAAGUAUAUGAAUACAGAUGCUUACAGAUUCUCCAUCUCUUGGUCAAGGAUAUUGCCAAAAGGAAAAAUAAGUGCGGGUAUAAACCAAGAAGGAAUCAAGUAUUACAACAACCUGAUCAAUGAGCUACUAGACAAUGGUCUUCAACCAUUUGUGACACUUUUCCAUUGGGAUCUUCCCCAAGCCUUACAAGAUGAGUAUAGUGGCUUCUCGAGUCCUCAUAUCAUAAAUGGUUUUCAAGACUACGCAGAGCUUUGCUUCAAGGAAUUUGGAGAUAGAGUGAAGCAUUGGAUCACUCUUAAUGAGCCAUGGAGUUACAGUUUGGGUUUUAAUGAACCUUAUGUGACCUCACACUAUCAACUCCUUGCUCAUGCAGCUGCUGUCAAAAUUUAUAAAACCAAAUAUCAGGCAUCUCAGAAAGGUUUCAUAGGCAUCACCUUAAACUCUCACUGGUUCUUGCCAUUCUCAAAUGACAAAUCCGACCAUCAUGCCGCCCAGCGUGCUCUUGAUUUCAUGUUUGGAUGGUUUAUGCAGCCACUGACAACAGGAAAGUAUCCAAAAACCAUGAUGUCUUUGGUGGAAAAUCGAUUACCAAACUUCUCUGAGGAGCAAUCCAAGCUACUUGCUGGCUCAUUUGAUUUUAUUGGACUAAAUUACUACACUACUAAUUAUGCUGCACAUAUACCUCAUCCAAAUAAUGACAAAAGCAAACCGAGCUACUACACAGAUUCUCAUGCCAACUUAACAACUGAGCGUAACGGGACACUAAUUGGACCAAGGGCUGCUUCAGAUUGGCUAUAUGUUUAUCCAAAGGGGAUUCGAGAACUGUUGUUGUACAUAAAGAGAAAGUAUAACAACCCUUUGAUUUACAUAACAGAAAAUGGCAUGGAUGAAUUCAAUGAUCCAAAAUUAUCACUUGAAGAGGCACUUAAGGAUACUUACAGAAUUGAUUACUUCUACCGUCAUCUUUAUUAUAUUUCAGCUGCAAUCAAGAAUGGUGUGAAAGUACAAGGAUACUUUGCAUGGUCACUUUUGGACAACUUUGAAUGGAAUUCUGGCUACACCGUGCGUUUUGGAAUUAACUUCGUCGAUUACAAGGAUAAUUUGAAAAGACAUCAAAAGCUCUCUGCCCACUGGUUUAGGAACUUUCUUAAAAAAUAUUAAACUUAUUGCAUGAUUUCAUGAUGAUCCUCAAUAAUAUGAUGUGAACUUGAUUGUUAUUCAAGAACUUCAAUUUUAAAUAAUUUUCCGAAGUUACAAGUA